GCCUCGUGAAAAGAGACGGGACGUCGUUUUUGGGGUAUAACUUCUACGGGGUGUGCGCGCGUGUCACCGUGAACAGCAAGAACGUACCGGCUUCGAAGAUCGUGUUAAAUCUUAAAAGGGGUUGUUAAAGAAAGAUGACAUUGGACGCACAGAUCGAGGCCUCCAUGGAAAAUGGGAGUACGAAAAUCCCUUUGCUGAACGGGAAUGAGGAACCAUCAAGUAUUGAUAUGAAGGAAUCCGCGGAGGAAACCGGAAGUUCGAGCACUGCCUCCAAAAACGUCGUCGAGAAGGGUGAAGUCGAAGCAACGAAGGAAAAAGGGAGCGAGAAGGAAAACGAAGAAGAUGAAGAUAACGAUAAAAAGAUUGAGAAAUGCGAGAAAGAGGAUGGUGAUAAGGACGCUGGAAGCGAACAAGAAAUUGUUUUUAUUCAAGAUAUGGGAUUUACCGUUAAGAUCGUUAGUCCGGGUGCCGAACCCUUUGAUAUUCAAGUCUCCAGUAUGGAAUUGGUUCAGGAAAUCCAUCAGUUACUUAUGGAUCGCGAGGACACCUGCCAUCGGACGUGUUUCUCCCUUCAGCUCGACGGUAACACGUUGGAUAAUUUUGCCGAGUUGAAGAACAUUGAAGGCCUAAAAGAGGGUUCCGUGAUUAAAGUCGUGGAAGAACCGUACACGAUGCGAGAGGCUCGUAUACACGUCCGACAUGUUCGAGAUUUAUUGAAGUCUGUAGAUCCUGCUGACGCUUAUAAUGGCGUCGAGUGUAGUAGUUUAUCGUUCCUAAACGUGGUCACGAACGGUGACAUUCUAGAGAAGAAAAAGAGCAGAGCAGAUUCGGUCGAUUGUACCCCACCUGACUACAUUAUACCAGGCUGUAAAGACAGGCCAUUGCUACCUCUACAACCGCAAGCCAAAGAACAGAAAUGUCCCCCUUGUUUGAAAGUAUUAACAACGUCCGGAUGGAAUCCGCCACCCGGCCACAGGAAGCUUCACGGUGACUUAUUAUACUUGCAUGUAGUGACGUUAGAAGACAAGCAAUAUUAUUUGACUGCGUGCGCCAGGGGCUUCUUCGUCAAUCAAUCGACAAAAGAAGUAUUUAAUCCGAAACCGGCGACCCCAAGUCAUCUAUGUCAUAGCUUAAUUGAACUACUGAACCAACUCAGCCCGGCGUUUAAACGGGGUUUCGUCGCUAUGCAGAGACGGAGAACACAGAGACACCCGUUCGAACGGGUGGCCACGCCGUAUCAGCUCUAUGCUUGGUGCGCGCCUCAAAUUGAACACACAAUCGACGCGAUUCGUGCCGAAGAUACUUUCUCUUCUAAAUUGGGAUACGAAGAGCAUAUCCCCGGGCAAACUCGAGAUUGGAAUGAGGAGUUGCAGACAACGAGAGAGCUACCUCGAAAAAACUUACCCGAAAGAUUGCUUAGGGAACGUGCUAUUUUUAAAGUACACAGUGACUUCGUUGCUGCCGCCACGCGAGGUGCCGUGGCCGUGAUAGACGGUAACGUGAUGGCGAUAAACCCAGGCGAAGAAGCGAAAAUGCAAAUGUUUAUCUGGAAUAAUAUUUUCUUCUCCCUUGGGUUUGACGUCAGGGAUCAUUACAAAGAGCUCGGUGGCGACGCAGCUGCUUUCGUUGCACCGCGGAACGAUUUACAAGGCGUCCGAGUGUACGCAGCUGUUGAUCUGCCCAGCCUUUACACACUUGGCACCGUUGUAAUCGAUUACAGAGGAUAUCGUGUCACCGCUCAGUCGAUCAUCCCCGGAAUCUUGGAACGAGAGCAGGAGCAAUCCGUUGUUUAUGGUUCUAUAGAUUUUGGGAAAACGGUUCUCACGCAUCCAAAGUAUCUCGAAUUGUUAAAUAAGACCGGCCAACAGUUGAAAAUUCUUCCUCAUAAGGUUAUCAAUGAUGCUGGCGAGGAGAUCGAACUUUGCAGCAGCGUAGAAUGCAAGGGCAUUAUCGGAAAUGAUUCUCGACACUACGUUUUGGAUUUGUUACGAACUUUUCCUCCUGACGUCAAUUUUCUCAAAUUGGAAGGAGUUGAGCUAACUAAAGAAGCUAGAGCUUUAGGUUUUCCAAUUGAGCAUAAGCACAAGCUAGCUUGCCUUCGUCAAGAAUUAAUCGACUCCUUCGUCGAAGCUAGAUACGUGCAAUUUAUUAAACAUGCCGCUGUUCACUUACAGCAACUUACAUCUGCAAGAAGAGUGCAAAAAGAAAAGGAAACUACUGUUAACGAAGGUAAAAAGGAAGAAUCCAAUGCUGUUGCAGUGGAUAGUAAUAAAGAAGACUCAACUCAGGCUCUUAUUGAAACGGAUGAAGCCAAGAAGAUUGUAGAGAGCAUUACCGAUUCCAUUACUGGUGGAGAGAAACAAGAAUUGGAAGAGAGCACGAAAGAAAUAGUUCGAAGAGCAGCAACAGCAGUUGGUAGUUUGCGAGAGGCUGAAUUCGACGUUAGAUUCAAUCCGGAUGUAUUUUCUCCGGGUGUUAGACAUCCAGAUCCAAAUGGUCCUGCCUUGAAGAAGCAAAAGCAGUUGGUACAAGAUGCUGCCGACUUUUUACUCACCGUUCAGAUUCCUACGUUUAUUCGAGAGUACAUAGAUCAUACAGCUGCUGCAAUGGAUGGCAGUACGCUUGUAGAGGCUUUACAUGGUAAAGGUAUUAAUGUGCGAUAUCUUGGAAAAUUAGCAACUAUGUUAUCUACGAUUCGAAAAUUGGAAUAUCUCAAGUGCAUCGCUGUUUCGGAACUUAUUUUACGCUCAGCUAAACAUAUUUUUACAUUUUAUAUGCAGGGUACGGAAUUAAUGAGUCUUUCAGCAGCAAUUAGUCAUUUCUUAAAUUGCUUGCUCUCCUCUGCACAAAUUAUUCAUCCACAACAAAAUUUGGAAGAGCUACAAAGUAAAACUGCCAAACGUCGUAAUAAAAGGAAAGGUAGAAAUAAUGGUCCGCAACAGUCGGAAGUGGAAUGGGCUUCCUUGACGCCUAAAUCUCUUUGGCAACAGAUCAAAGCCGAUCUGAAAAGCUAUUACGAUUGGGAGACUCCGUGUCCGGAAUCUCUGGACGCCACGAUAGAACAUUUUCAUUUACAGAAAAUCUCGUUACUGCGUAACUUCUGUAUAAAGACUGGUAUCCAAAUUUUAUUACGCGAAUAUAAUUUCGAGAACAAGAACAGAGCCACGUUCUUCGAAGAAGAUAUACUUAAUAUAUUCCCCGUUGUGAAGCAUAUCAAUCCUAGAGCUAGCGACGCAUACAAUUUCUAUACAACGGGGCAAAGUAAGAUUCAACAGGGGUAUUUGAAAGAUGGUUAUGAAUUAAUCAGCGAGGCAUUGAAUUUGUUGAAUAACGUCUACGGCGCGAUGCAUCCCGAAAUUGCGCAAUGUCUCAGAAUGCUUGCGCGAUUGAAUUACAUAAUGGGCGACCAUGGGGAGGCUCUCGCUACACAACAAAAAGCGGUCCUUAUGUCGGAGAGAGUAAACGGAAUUGAUCAUCCAUAUACUAUUACCGAAUAUAUCCAUCUAGCACUAUAUUCCUUCGCCAACGGCCAAGUUUCUGUUUCACUUAGGUUACUCUACAGAGCUCGUUAUUUGGCUCUGUUAGUUUUUGGCGAAGAUCAUCCGGAAGUAGCGCUACUUGAUAGCAAUAUUUCAUUGAUACUUCAUGCUGUCGGUGAAUACGAACUGUCGCUCCGCUUUCUGGAGCAUGCUUUGGAUCUUAAUCGUCGUUAUCACGGACCGCGGUCGUUGAAGGUCGCUGUCUCUUAUCACCUCGUGGCGAGAACCCAGUCCUGUAUGGGCGAUUUCCGGGCAGCUUUGAAUAACGAGAAAGAAACUUACUCUAUCUACAAGCAACAGUUGGGAGAGGAUCACGAGAAAACUAAAGAGAGCAGUGAUUGUUUAAGACAUCUCACGCAACAAGCUGUUGUUCUUCAGAAGAAGAUGAACGAAAUUUAUACUGGAAAAUCGGGCGUUAGCCUGCCACCGAUUCAAGUUCAGCCGCCUAGCAUGGGAUCUGUGCUCGACAUGUUGAACGUGAUCAACGGCAUUCUGUUCGUUCAAAUCAGUCAGCAGGACAUCGAAAAUUUCAAAGCCGAGAUAGAGAAACGGCAAAAGGAACAGACGCCUGACGGCGAAAUGAAGGCGCUUCAAAAUGGAAAUAAGGAGACUAAGAAGGAAGAAAAAGACAAUAAUAAAAAGGAGGAGAAGGAAAAUAAGAAGAACGAGAAAGAGAGUAAGAAAGAGGAAAAGGAGAAUAAAAAGGUAGAGAAAAAGGUGGAAGCACAGAAAGUAGAAUUGAAAAAGUUGGAGGAGAAUAAGACAACGUUAGAACCAGUAGUCGCAGAAAGCUGAGCUCGUUUUAAAUUGUUAACGAUGACACUUAGUAGUUUUCUUUCCAACUCCUAGUCUUUCCCUGCCCGCGUCCGGUCUUUUUCAAGAGUAACGCGAGUACGGCAUAUAUAAUUGAUUGGGAAAAAAUGAAAGCAACAACGGUUUUUGCUUGAUGUUGAGGAUCGUUAUUCGAGGUGUAUUUCGUAUGCACUUCAUCAAGUGCUAUCAAAAUGGAACUUUCACAGUGCGAGGAUCAAAUAACAGUGUAGGUGGAAACUUCCUAAUGCUCGCGAUGCUCGACUACCUAUAACACGCCAAGCUAUAGAAUUUAUUUGACUGAUUUACGACUGCAUAUAUAUAUGAAAACUUCGAAUUCUCCACUUGUGUAAAUAAUUCUGAACGAAAACAUUGAUUGCCUUGUCACAAGUAUCGCCGCUCAUGAUUUAAUUUACCAAAUGAUCAAACGAACAAAAAUAAGAAUAUGGUCGAAAAAUCAAGAUACCAGUGAUUAAUUUACAUUGCCUAAUAUCGUCGUGUUUUUUCAAAAGGCUCAAUUAAUUAUACUUCGUAACGAUACGAAAAAAGAUUACGGAUAUUGCGAACGUUACAUUGUUGUAUUAAUCGACGAAAUAGUACACUAGUAUUUCUUCCAGCGUAUUGCACAAGUGUUUAUCGAAACUUGAAGAACGCGCAACGUAUCGACCAAAUUAAUGCGGUACGGAAAUCGUAAAACGAAUAACGGAUUUUAUUAACAUAGAGUGUAAGUCAAUUUUUUUUCUACGUUCUCGAUAGGCUAUUUUAUUCGUAGGUACAUACAAUACUUGAAAUCAUUUUGUGCCAUCAGGCAGCACUGUCACUUCCGUUCUAGUUGCCAUCGAUUAACUCUACGCAUAUUGAAGUCAUACGUACGUUUUUUAUUUUUUAGGUAUUAGUCUUGUUGGAUUCAAUAUAAGUGAUAGAUCUCUUUCUAACAAGCGAUAAUAAAUUUCUCAUAAAAUUAAUUAAUCGAGGACGAGACCAAUGCGAAAUUUGUAUUGCAUUCAACAAGAACAAUUCUUACAGCUUUACCACAUAGUUUUUAUACUGCAUGCAUCACAUGAAAAACUGUCUUUCAUCUUUGUAUCAUGUUUAUUUCUAUUGUCACGUCACGCGAGGAUUUGAAUCUGUAAACAAUUUUAAUUUAAAUGAACAUCUUUUGUUCCUAAAGGUAUGUUUCGUUUAAAAAGAGAAAACAGUGGUGGCAGCAAAAGCAUGGUAUAAUGACAGGUGCAUUGUUGAAUCGCAUUGAUAAUGAUUAUAAAAAAAAAAAGGCUCAUUAGUCACCGUAUUAGGGGAGUAGCGUCAAUUUCCUCAUUACUACUAGAAGUACUGCAGGUAGUUAUAGAGUUACAGACAUUGAGAGUCAUCCGUUACCAAGAUGUUAAUCUACUUAUUUCUGUUUAUGAAUCAUAUAUCUUUAUCAAGUAGUAUUCGUUAAAAGACGAAUGCCAGGAAAUGUCCUAUGUUGAAAUUUUAUCAUAAUCAAGCCAGAUAUGUUAUUAAUUGAUUAAUUUGUUUUAAAUGAGAAAAAAUUAUUUUGUGUUUUAAAUCAAUUACGUUUAUAAUGAUAACGAUAAUAUCAUUAAAUAUCGAUAAUAACGAGAAGGUGAAUAAAUGAAACGUGCCGUGUAGUUUCUAUUUAACGAGUUUGGAAUACUUUACAACAAUGAAAAUAUUAUAUUGCACUUGUUAGCCAAAAUGUAUGAUAAAUGAAUGCUAGUUAAUAAGGACUAUUGAUUAUAAAUAAAAUUAAAUACUUGAUUUACAUA